UUGGAGUCAUGAUCAGCUUGGACACACUGUUUAUUAUUCUCAAAAGACGCAUGCACAUAUACAGUCGGUUUUUAUUAGUAUCAGAAGAUGUAAUGUGUAUACAUCACUAUUAAAGGACCUUGAUUAUUCUAUUCCCGAUCAUAAUAUGCAUUCGACAAAACAUUUUUACCGGCAUUGACGGACGGAUUGCCAACCGGUUAAGCAUAAAUGUAAAUUCCAAAGUAAAGCAACGGAUGUUUUUUUACUUCCGGUUCGAAAUCGUCUUUUGCCAGUCACUUCGAACCAAUAUCUGGUGACAUACAUCUGUGUGGAGCAAUAAAUUAUGAUGAACAUCGUGAACGAUACUAUCCCAGAAAUACUUGGCAGUUUUAACCUUUACGGCAGAUUCAAACGACCAUGCGUAGAGCUGGGCCAGCCGGAGAAAUGGUGGAUAUUUCUGCUUUCCAGCGCCCUGUGUCCGGUCGCGUUUAUAUUCAUUCUGCUCCUUGUGCUCACCUUUAAAAGGCUAAUCAUUCGACUUUAUCGGAAAUUUUUUAUUAAAGAUGCAGGUGAGAACGUCGGAAAGACGGCGCCAGCCAUGCACGAUAAUGCCCCGAAGAAGCGUUUACUUCUGUGUGGACUAUCGCCUCACGGAUUUCAUGCUUUUCGGUUGCGCAUGCAGGAACUCGUUAGCGCCAAAUUUGUUUCCGGAGAAAUGUCGGUGUUUCUAAUGUUUCUUGCCAGUCAGGUAUCCUUCCUAAUUUAUCUGACGGAGGUUUCAGUGCGGCAAUCUUGUUGUUUGGAAAAAUGUUACGUGAGAUCGCUGUUCGAUGAUGCCGGAGCUAUCCUGGACUUGCUACUGAACUGCCUUUUCGGCAUCCACUUUUUAAUUAGAUUUAUUGCUGCUCAUAAAAAAUUGCCCUUCCUUUUUGAACUAUAUUCGGUUAUCGAUUAUUUUACGGUUCCGCCGGCAAUUGUCGGAUUACUUCUCAACAGAAGCUGGACAGGAUUACGAUUUCUACGGGUUCUGUAUUUUUUGAAUAUACCGGAUAUCCUUCAGUAUCUACGCAUUCUCAGAACACGGACGGCGCUACGUUUGACACAGCUGGUUUGCAGCGUUGUCAGUGCGCUGUUGAUGUCCGCCGGCAUGUUCCAUUUACUCGAGAAUUCGGGAGAUCCGUUUUAUGGCUUAGCGGGCAACAAGCAGAACCUUAGUUACUGGGAGUUUGUUUAUUUUUGCGUUGUCACCGCCUCCACGGUGGGAUACGGUGACAUCGUCUGCUACACCGUUUUCGGAAGAAUCUUUAACGCGAUAUUCAUCAUGUCCACUCUGGCUGUUGUUGCUUCCGUUAUCCCAGACAUUUUCCGAAUUAUAUCCAAUCGUAAAAAAUAUGCCGGCCAUUAUGAAUCCCCCUCCGGAAAAAAGCACAUAAUUGUUUGCGGCAACGUUAACUUUUUAACGGCACUGGGGUUUCUAAAAGAAUUUCUUCACAAAGAUCGUGGAAUCACCGAUAUCAAAGUGCUGUUUAUGGAUCUGAAAGAGCCUGAUAUGGAAAUGGAGACUUUGUUGAAACGUUAUUUUACGGAAGUGGAAUAUUUUCAGGGAUCAGCAAUGAAGUCGCAGGAUCUUUUUCGCGUCAGAGCGGACACAUCCGAUGCCGUAAUCAUUGUCGGCAAUAAGCAGUGCAUCGAUCCAGAUGCAGAAGACGCGGCAAAUAUCAUGCGGGUGAUAUCCAUAAAGAAUUUUCAUUCAUCGAUUCGAGUAAUUGUGGAAUUAAUGCAGUACCACAACAAGGCUUAUUUGCUCAACAUACCUAGUUGGAACUGGAAGAAUGGCGACGAAGUGGUAUGCCUUGCCGAACUGAAACUGGGAUUAAUCGCUCAAUCCUGCAUUGCACCAGGAUUUUCAACCCUAAUGGCAAAUCUUUUUACGUCACGAUCAUUUACUUCUUUAGAAAAGCAAAGUUGGCGCACUGAAUAUUUACGAGGCACCGGUCUGGAAAUGUAUUCCGAAAAUCUGAGUUCCUCUUUCACUAACAUGACCUUUGCUCAAAUAUCGGAAAUAUGUCUAGUGCGGUUAGACAUAAUGCUCAUCGCAAUUUCAUUAUGGAGUGCCGAAGAAGAUGACUUUAUGUUUGUUAUUAAUCCCAGACCGGAAACGGUGAUCACAGCCAAUGCUCAAGGGUUCUUCAUCGCAGACUCUGCAGAGGAUGUGCAAAGAGCAGCAGUUUACUGCAAUACUUGCCAUGCGCACGUGGAACGGAUCACAUCUGUUAAAAAGUGUGAUUGCAAGUCGGCCGCUGCAAAUCAUCAAACAGCAGAAAAUUGGGCAUUUCCUGCUGUGUUCGCGGACAAUCCAUCAAGAAGAAUUAGCAUGAUUAGGCCGGCACAUAGAAAGGACUCAAAAACCAAACAGGAAAAGGUGGAGAUUUUCAUUCAGAAUUAUCCAUCCACUCCACGACUUAAGCGCAGCCUGGAGCUGUUAGAGUCCAAAAACAUUCAUCCAGCUGGGGCAUACUUAGUUGUUCCACUUUAUAAAAAUCCAAAUUCUGCGUCGGAAAGUAGUUGCGAAUCUGAUCCUGUCGCUUUGGACGGUGACACCGAACACGAAGGAAGUGAUGCAGAAAAUCUGGACGCAAAAUUCGACUCAACCGGCAUGUUCCACUGGUGUGCCCCUCGCCCAUUCGAAUCAGCCCUGCUAGAUCGGCACGCAGCGGCUAAAAGAGCAUUCAAAAAUCACGUCGUCGUUGGAAUAUUUGCCGAUGCUCAUUCUCCCUUGAUUGGUCUAAACAGCCUUGUGAUGCCACUUCGUUCCAGCAAUUUCAGAUAUGAAGAUUUACGGGAAGUGGUAAUUUUGGGCAAUGUCGAGUAUCUCAAACGGGAAUGGAAAAAUCUAUAUAAUUUCCCAAAGGUGACCUUGAUCAAGGGAACUGCUUUAAGUCGCGCCGAUUUGCGAGCGAUAUCUAUCCAUUCGUGUUCCAUGUGUGUCGUGCUUACAUCCAAGAUCCCUAAUUACAACGACGCUACUCUCACGGAUAAAGAAGUCAUCAUGGCUUCGUUAAACAUAAAAGCCAUGGAUUUUGAACCUCGUCGAAUAAGGCGAAAUUCCCGACAGCCAUCCACAUCCGUUUCCGGACCGGAAAGCUUAAAAAUUACCAAGGCAUUGACCCAUCAAUCGAGUACAGCAAGGCGAAAAAUGCGACCUGGCGCCAGAAUUCCUAUGAUAACUGAUCUGUUCAACGACCCCAACGUGCAGUUCCUGGAUCCCGAUGACGAGGAUAAUGAUGACUAUGAUACAGGAUUCUUUGCUACAGAGCCAUUUGCUUGCGGCACUGCAUUCACAGCUAGCGUUCUGGAUUCGCUGAUGUCGAUGGUCUACUUUAAUCCAUGCGCAUUUCGAGUGAUCCGAGCGCUCAUAUUUGGAGGUGCUUCGUCGGAGCUGGAGGAAAUCUUAGCCGAAGGAGCUGGCCUUAUCGGUGGACCAAAACUAUCGGACGACGACAAUCGUAAUAGGUCAUUCGUCAGCCAGACUCGUAUGGCCGAUUUUCCAUUCAGCGCUUUCAUCAAUGCGACGUUUGGCGAACUGUUUGUCAGUCUCAUCCAGAAGCACGGCUUGCUGUGCCUUGGACUUUUCCGGUUAAUGCCCGCAUCAUCGGAGGAGGCGGCUAAUCUGACCAAACGCUAUGUGAUAACGAAGCCUCUACCUAACGAUGUCCUUCGGGAAAGCGACUACCUUUUCGUCUUGAUGCAGUCGGAUUAUGCAGCUUCCCAUAAUGUGAAGCAGAACGUCACUUCGGGAUGAUAACCGACUACAACAAAACCUUUUUUGACGAUUUAAUACCCAAAUCUGUUGAUGGUGUUAACAAUAAUGAGAUUUAAAUAUUUUAUUGUAUCGUUAGAAGCAUAAAAUAAUUUUUAGCAUAUUGCCGCCGGUUGUGUUUCUGUGCGCACUUUCUGUGAUUUCGAAAGUUUCUGGUAUAAAUCGCGUUCUUUUAUGUCU